GGGAGGGGCAAGAGGAAGAGGAGGAGAAGCGAGAGGCAGAGGAGGAUGGAGAGGAAAGUGGAGUUUCAGACCAUGCAUGACGGCGAGUUUGAUUUUGCUCGCCUCGCUGCAUUUUGUGCAGAGUGAGUCGCAUCGCGGUGGUGAGGAUAAUGGGCGGGGUGAAGGCGGGGUGAGGAUGAUGCCGCAAGAGGACGACGGGAACGAUGAUGGUUUCUUGCGAUCCGUCAACACCUCGGUCAUUGAAAACAUCACCGUCGUGAACAUCACCAAUGUUGUCACCGAGUAUGUUUCAAACCAGUCAACGAGCAACCUAGGGGAGGAGAUCAACAGGCUCAUCUUUGCCAUCAAACACCCGAGCUCCUUCUUUCAGCCCAGCGACAUGGACCCUCUGAUAGUCAGAGUGCUCUGGUCCGGGUUUGUUCUCUUUCUCGUUGCAUCGUUCAUGAUCGUGAUUGACCGCCAUCGGUACAAGAUCAAGUACCAGGGUGAUCACAACUUGCUGUUCUUGAUGUUCAUCACCACAACCCUCACGUACAUGACGAUGGCCAACGGCCAUGGUCGAGCUUACAAGUACGCCAUCACAGAGGUGGACCCAAAGAAUCUCACGCGAACAUACGAUCUUCAACACAGCUACAACUGGAUCAAAGUUCGAUUCUUGUCCUUCGGGAGACGUCAAGUACAUUUGGAUGUCAGCAGUGGCAAAGUUCGAGAUGGUCCCUUUCAAUCCUCCCUUCUUCUAUGCCAAAUACGUGCAAUGGAUGAUCUCUACCAAUAUCACGCUCUACCUCCUCAUCCGGUCAGUGGCCAAGGCGAACAAGAGAAUCACCUUCCGUGUCAUGGCCUGCAACUCGCUGAUGAUUCUCAGCGGACUCUGUGCAGCCUCGAUGAGGGUGGACGAGAUCAGCACGCUGGAUGCGCCGCGGUACAUCACGUCUCGAUGGAUCUACUGGGUGUUUGGGAUGAUGUUCUACAUCCUGCUGCUCACAACCCUUAACAAUGGCGUGCGAUUGGCAGCAAACAGCCGGCAGACGCACGCAGAGAGGGGCAAGGUGUUCAAUGAGCUCUUCUUCAUCAUCUGUGUUGGGUGGUCCCUCUACCCGUUCGUCUGGGUCGUCACGGAGGGCGCUUACAUCGUGACCUUCACUACCAACGUCUACUCCUUCACUCUCCUCGAUGUCGUGACCAAGUUCUCCUUCGCGGCUGUUUUCCUCAUCCGGAUACCGAAGAGGAAACAUCAGAAGCUCCGUCAUCCUGCGACUGAGAAGAUUCAACAACUUCGCAACUUCUUCUCUAGGAGACAUCAUACCGCCGACAAUGCCGAUCCUCGAGAUUCCUACAGAACAUGAUGCACAUGAAAUUGAAGCAGUGAGAUGUCGGUGUAUAGACAGUCAUCGUGUGUAAAUAUUCGUACAUUUGUAAAUGAUUUGUUGUACCUUUG